AGGAUGGCGACGGCGCAGUUACCGACUGACUGCCGCUGUCGGAGGUGGUGGUUCAGCAUGAUAAAAAGAUGGAUCAUUUCACAAGAAGAUUUGUUCUGGGGCCGCAGUCUGUCCCUUUCUGUCUACACCUGAAGAAUAAACAUUUCCAGCGAUAAAAUUUCAAGCAACAUGGGCUCUACCAAUCCAACGCCUCACGCGUAUCCGGUCCCACCGUCUGGCGUGUAUGCUCCUGCGGUCACCUUCUUCGAUCCUGCCACCGAUACCUUGCGUCCCAAUGAACAAGCACAGUACUAUUCCUACCUGGCAAAUUCCGGGCUGAGAGGAUUGGUUAUCUUGGGGACAAAUGCAGAGACCUUUCUGCUCACCCGCGAUGAAAGAGCUGCGCUGCUGCGGUUAGCACGCAAGUCGGUUCCUGAAAACUAUCCCAUUAUUGCCGGGGUCGGGGGCCAUUCAACAGCGCAGGUGCUUGAGUAUAUCGCUGAUGCCCAUGCUGCUGGGGCCAACUAUGUCCUCGUGCUCCCUUGCGCAUAUUUCGGCAAGCAGACCACACCCACGGUCGUCCACAACUUCUACGCCGCCGUCGCGAAAGCCUCUCCUCUUCCCAUCCUCAUCUACAACUUCCCUGCCGUGUGUAAUGGCCUCGAUUUGGACUCGGAUGCAAUUGCUGCUUUGGCGCAGGAGUUCCCGAACAUUGUUGGAGUGAAAUUGACCUGUGGCUCGGUGGGAAAGAUCACACGAUUGUCGGCCACCUUCCAACCCGAGCGGUUUGCGGUGUUUGGGGGACAGUCGGACUUCUUAGUCGGGGGGCUGGCGGCAGGGUCGGCAGGCUGCAUUGCUGCUUUUGCCAACAUCUUCCCAAAGACAGUCGCCAAAGUCUUUGAUCUGUGGAAAAUGGGCAAACAUGAUCAGGCGUUGGCACUCCAGAGAAUGUCGGCCCAUGCCGAGAACCCCACAAAGGCAGGAAUUGCCACGACCAAAUAUGCUGUUAGUCAGUUCAGUGCGAAGAAAGCAGGGAUCCAAGGCGAUCUUGAGGCCAUGCUGCGACCGCGGCGACCGUACGAAGAGCCUAGUGAAGCGGUCAAGAAGAAGAUUGUCGAGGUGAUGUUGCCAGUGGAUGAGGUCGAGAAGACACUGUGAAGGUUGGGGUGAGCGAAUGCUAGAAAAUAGAAGGAUCUUGAGAAAGCUCUUGUUUUUGUUUUGGGAAAGUCUCGUCGUCGCGACUCUAGACUUCCACAGCCUUGCUUGAUCUCAAUCGGGCUGCAUGUCCAACGCCGUGCUACCCGAUGAAGCUCCACGCUGUGCAAGCCACCUCGUCAGCAGCAGAUCCUUUGCAUACCGUUUUCCGGGCUAGUUGCUUCGCAAAAGUAGGCGUUAUCGAUAACAUGGUCUUUAGUAGGACUGAUCUGCC